CGUGUCGUGUGUGCUGCGGCUCUUGUCACUCAUUCGCUGUGCUGCUCGGAGCGCAUUCAGUGUCAGCGGCUGAGGACCAAUUCAUGAUAUCACAGCGACCUGAAACAGGGACAAAGCAUCGUAGUCAUUUAGAUAAUAACUGAACCAACUCUACCUAUUCUACACGGAGCAUACCUUUGGAAGAGAUUGCAAUGCUUCAGAUACGGGAUCUCAUUUGGACAUUGCUUUUCUUUGGUUAUGCAGCUGCCUUGCAAGUGGAAAUCACUCCAACCCAGGGAGAGAUCAGCGUUGGAGAGUCCAAAUUCUUUUUGUGUGAAGUUGUUGGAGAUGCUAAGGAAAUAGACUGGUUUGCACCCAGUGGGGAGAAGCUCUUGCCAGGAAGACCAGACAUCAGCAUCAGCAAGACUGACGAGUCCUCGUCGACACUCACAAUCUACAAUGCUAAUGUCGAUCAUGCGGGCAUGUACAAAUGUGUGGCAAAAAGCGGAGAAAAGGAAUCUCAGGGCACCAUCAUUGUAAAAAUUUUCCAGAAACUCACUUUUCAAUAUGCUCCAUCGCCUCAAGAGUUCAACGAGGGUGAUGAUGCUGACAUCAUCUGUGAUGUCAUCAGCUCACCACCCCCAACUAUCAUCUGGAGGUUUAAAAAGAUGAGAAUCCAGCCUGAGACUGAUGUCCGUUUCAAGGUCUUAAGCAACAACCACCUCCAGAUCCGCGGCAUCAAAAAGACAGAUGAGGGUGACUACACCUGCGAGGGCCGCAUCAUGGCCCGAGGAGAAAUCGACCUGAGGGUCAUCAAGGUCAUUGUCAAUGUUCUGCCAAGCAUCAGGACCCGCUACACUGAGCUUAAUGCCACUGCAGACAUCAACCAGGCCGUGACGCUGGCCUGUCACGCAGAUGGCUACCCAGAACCCACUGUCACGUGGGCACGAGGUAAUAUCGUGCUGGAAUCAGACGAGAAGUACAGUCUGAAUGAAGAUGGGUCGGAGCUGACCAUCAAAGACGUCAAUAAGCUCGAUGAGGGAGAUUACCAGUGCAUCGCUAGAAACAAGGCUGGAGAGAGGAGUGAAGAAGUCGCGCUCAAUGUGUUUGUGCAACCUAAGAUCACCUUCCUAGAAAACCAGACGGCAUCUGAGUUGGAAGAGCAGAUCACGUUGACUUGUGAGGCAACGGGUGAUCCAACGCCCAACAUCAUCUGGAGCUUCGGCCGCCGAGUCUUCACCGAAAAUGAACAGGCUUCAUGGACUCGACCUGAGAAGCACAAGAGUCUGGAUGGUAACGUGAUUGUGCGCAGUGAUGCCCGUGUGUCCUCUCUGACUCUGAAGUACGUUCAGUUCACGGAUGCCGGCCAGUACCUCUGCACGGCGCGCAACUCCAUCGGUCAGGACAUCCAGAGCAUGUACCUGGAAGUGCGCUAUGCUCCAAAGAUCCAGGGCCCUCAGGCGGUGUUCACCUGGGAGGGUAAUCCGGCUAAUAUCACCUGCGAGGCCCUCGCUCACCCGGGUGCCUCCGUUUUGUGGUUUCGGGAUGGCCAGCAGCUGCCGAGCGCUAAUACCACCAACGUCAAGAUCUACAACACUCCCACAGUCAGCUUCUUGGAGGUCACUCCAGAGUCCCAAAAUGACUUUGGCAGUUACAACUGCACAGCUACCAAUGUCAUCGGCACAGAGUCAAAGGAAUUCAUUUUGGUUCAAGCAGAUGUGCCUUCGGCCCCCUCUAUCGAGCGUGUGGAGCCGUAUUCCAGCACAGCAAUGAUAGAGUUUGAGGAGCCUGCUUCCAGUGGAGGAGUGCCUGUUCUCAAGUACAAAGCUGAAUGGAGGAUAGCAGGCCAAGACUGGACAGACCGAGAGUAUGAGCUUGAGGAUGGUCUCAACCUGAUCACCAUUGUGGGGCUGAAGCCAGAAACCACAUAUGAGGUCAAGAUAUCGGCCAUCAACGGCAAGGGUGAAGGAGAGAGCAGCGCCCCAGAGAGCUUUAAAACCCAGCCUGUUCGGGAACCUAAUCCUCCUAAACUGGAGGCUAAGCCACAGUCCACAGGCAAUGAGAUGAAGGUGCACUUUAUCAAGCAGGACGAUGGGGGCUCUCCCAUCAAACACUAUCUAGUGCGCUACAGAGCUAAGAACCGCCAGGACUGGAAGCCUGAGAUCCGUAUGCCUGAUGCCAGCGAUUACAUAGUGCUGCGGGGUCUAGACUGGAACACAGAAUAUGAAGUCUACGUCAUUGCCGAAAACCAGCGAGGACGAUCUGAACCCGGCACCCUCUCCUUCAGGACCUUGCCAGAACCCACCGCCAUCCCAGAAACAAGCUCAGGUUUGGGCACUGGCGCUAUCGUAGGCAUCCUCAUCGUGGUCUUCAUCCUGCUCCUCUUCGGCGUAGACGUCACUUGCUACUUCCUGAACAAGUGCGGCCUCCUCAUGUGCAUCGCUGUCAACUUCUGCGGCAAGUCUGGGCCUUCAGCCAAGAGCAAGGAUAUCGAAGAGGGAAAAGCCGCCUUCACUAAGGAUGAAUCUAAGGAGCCCAUUGUGGAGGUAAGAACUGAAGAGGAGCGCACACCAAACCACGAGGGAGGAGGCCCAACUGAACCCAAUGAGACCACCCCUCUGACCGACCCUGAGCACGCUGCUGACACCACAGCAACAGUAGUGGACUUGCUUCCUUCUGUAACCACUAACUCAGACCCCGGCACUGAAAGUCCUGCUAGCGAUAGCACCACCCUUACCACCAGCGCCGACCCUAAACCUACUCCCCAAUCCAGCACCCCCAAACCUAGCGUCACCUCACCCACCUCCCCUCCUCAAGCCGUGGCCCCUCUGGUGGACCUGAGUGAAACACCCUCCAAACAGACCUCAAAGUCCUUAGGUGAUUCAAGCCCUGCAGAAGUGGCCAGAGCCGAUGGCCAGAGCCCGGCUGAGCAGGCCAAAACCCCCCAAAGUAAGGACUCUCAGGUACAAGCAGGAGCCCACCAGACCACAGAUAGUGACCCUGCCAAGAAUUCCAGCGACUCCUCCAGCGCACCGUCCGCACCCAACCAGGACGACGGUAAAAUCAUUGUAGAUGACAAAAGUAAAGCACCGGAGACGGAGGUAAAGAAACCCCCGGCGGAGGUGAAGACAGUCCCCAAUGAAGCCCCGCAGGCGAACGGCAACGAGAGCAAAGCAUGAUGGGAAAUCAGCACGACAGUCGCAGACAGACAGCACCACACCACCACCACUUCUCAGAUACAAGGCUUUCUUUCUUUCAGUGUCUUCUUUGAGUUUCGCAGAACAAAACACAUCUGUAGAUGUAUAGAGCACCUAAAGAGCUCGCACACUUGCCUUUGAUUUUGUACUUUUCAUUUAUUAUCACUAUUGAAUUGUGAUUUCUUUCAAAAAACACAAGAAGGAAAGAUUCUUCACCUCUAGCACAGUCUCCUUGACCUCUGUGAGUAAGAUCAGCAUCUUUCAAAUACACUCAGUUAUUGUUUUGUUUUUGUUUUUUGAGGAACAGAAAGUUUGCUUUUACACAUUCAGCCCAGCAUGAUGUUUCAGUUAUGUCCUGUCUUAUUACAUGCAGUAUUGCCAUCAUUAUUGUCUGCCACAUUAAUAUUCUUUUGGGAACAUUUUUGACGUUUUACUUGUGUUUAAAUAAUGUACAAAAGCAACCGUCUUUUUAUUUGAUUUUUUCACAUGAUUUUAGCGAUAGAUUUUUAGCAUGCUUGCUUUGCAGAAUUAUUCCAGCCCUGAGUGUUUACAUCAUUUUACUCUGAUAAAACCUGCCGUUUGCUUCACAGAAGAUUAGACAGGGGUAGAGGUCUGAACUAGUGGUUAGGUUUCAAAUAAAAAUCGACACUUUUUUUUUUUCUGUUUUACACGUACUUUCAUUUUACAACACAUGCCGUUUUCUCUGAACCUCAGGGUUCCUUCCAUUUAGUUUCGAUUUUUAAAGCAGGAUUGAGAGUCAAAGAGGUUUCCCACAGUGAUCUUUGCUUAAAAACGUCCCGCAAGUCCUUUAAAAAAACAUUAGGAACAACUCGGAGCUCUUAGAUAUGGAUCGAAUGGCUCCUUGAGAGGAUUCCGUACAAGAAUUGCUGCUGCGUUACACGGAGAAACAGCUGUUGCAUUCGUGGAUUUACGAAAACAUGAGGUGUUCAUAAUGCUUGCGGGACGUCCCUUAAGAUGUCUGACUGGUGCUCCAUUGUUUUUAAGGGUUAGUUUAACCUGAAAUGAAAAUUCUGUUAUUGAUUUAUCCUUACGUCAGUCCAAACCUGUCUGUUCACCCAAAUAUCUGAUGCUUCAAAAUAAGUGAAGAGAUCAGAGUUUUCUUUUGAGCAGUUUGAAGUGGCAGAGUUUUAGGUUACCUGGGGCUGGGCGAUUCAUCGAAAAGUAAUCGAAAUCGAUAUUUAGAAUCUCUAAUCGAUCUAAUUAUUCCAAGUAAAUUUUUUCAAUUAAUUUCCCUACAUGUGGAGUCAUGUGACCCCGCUGUAUUAAGGCUGAAUUAUACUUAUUAUAUUAUAAUUUAUACUUAUUAUAAUAUUAUGAUAUUAUACUUUUGCACAAGUACAGUCUCGCAGCCUUCGCAUACCCGCGCACCUCUCCAAAAGCAAACUUACACUUCACAAUGACGCAUAGUGCAACCUUUGUGAUUGGUCGGUUUGGUAUCGAUGAAGACGGUGGGCAGCGCAGAGAGAUGCGUUUUAGGCUAUGCGUGUCUUAAUUUCAAUUGUACAGCGUUGAUGUUCAAUAAAUAAUCAUAGAUAGUAGAUAGUGUUUACUUUAUUUUAAAAUCAAGUAAUGUGAGCAUAUUUACUGUACAAAACCCGUCAGUGAACUAUGACGACAAAAACAUAAAAUAAAUAAAUAAAAAUAAUCGUUCAUUAAUCGCAAUCGAGUUAAAAUGUUCAAUUAAUCGAGAUUUUGAUAUUAGGCCAAAUACCCCAGCCCUAAAUUUAACAGUCUUUCAAUGGACGGACAAUAAUCCCUAGCACCAUUUGCUCAUCCUUUAAUAAAAGUUUGGGGUGGGGUUUGGGUGCAGACCUCUUUUUAAAAAUUUGACGUUUUUAUAUGAAUGAAAUCAUAUACAUUUUUACAAAUUAGCCACUUUUCUGAAAAUAUGUAAAUUAGUUAUGUUUUGGAUUGCAAGACCUUAGGGUGCACAGGUGUCAAACAGGUGUUCCUGGAGUGCCACAGCUCUGCCCAGUUUAGUUUUAACCUUAAUUCAAGAGUUCACACUUAGCUGAUGAUAGGUAAUAAGCUUGUUUGGCAUGCUGUUCUGGGAGAAAGCCCUGAAGUCAUAAGAUCCUCGAGCCCUGGGCUCCCUCCAGUUAGGAGGUCGAGAGGGGAGUCUGAGUUUAGAUACACUGUAUAAAAUGUAGGGUUCCACACAAAUCGAUUAGGUUAAUUUAACACUUUCAACAAAUUUAUGUGGAUUGAACAUAGAAAAUUAAGUUGUACCAAUGAAAUUUCAAGAAUUGUGUUGUUUCAGCUCAUUUUAAAUAAGUAGUUUGAACAAGUAAAAAAAAAUUUUUAAGAUUUUGAGUGUAGAUCUCGAUAAACUCCCCCGACUUAUUUCUGGCUAAUGGCUGAUAUAAGAUGUCCAAGGAGAGAUAUACGGCUUGUUAAGUGCUUGACCAUGAUGCAAAUUUGGUAUGUUCAAUUUUCUUAGGUUGUGUUUUUUGGACUUUGUGGGAAAAUCCACGAAAAACCCAGGCGAGCACAGAGAGAACGAGCAAUCUCCGCACAGAAAUGUCAACUGGUAUAGUAGAGACUUUAACCAGAGACAUUCUUGUUGUGAGACAACAGUGCUAAUCACUAGGCCGCCGUGUCACCCAUCUAGAAAGGGGGGGGGGAUAUGGGUGUGUGGGCGUAUUCUUCAAGACGAAGAUACUGAGAUAAGGACUCUGGUUAUUUUUAGUGCGCUAUGAAUGAUCUGAUUGGUGAAUCAAGCGUUAGCUAAUGAGGGACCAGCCGUGAACAAUCAUAAGCACGUGAUCCUCUAGAAAUUAGUUUAGAAAUAAACUUAACUUAAACACACCUCAUCAAACUAAAUCAGCGGUCACACUGGACUUUUCUCCCCAUAGACUUCCAUUCAUACGCACGCCAAUGCAUCAGACCGGAAACGUAAGCUCGUGAGACAAGUUUUGCAGUUUGCUACGUUGCAAAGUUGAAGCUUGGUGAACUCUGACCUGCGGAAUCGCCUCACUUGACUGUGUGAGACCAAUCGAGGAUCAAAACAUGACCUCUCUGGACAGAAAUUUAAAACAUGGACCGAUCGCUCGCUUUUUUAAAUGUCUAAUCUUUUCGUUUAAUCCCACCCCUUUUCGCUGUGCCCUUCGACAGAAUUAAGUCCUUAAUUGAGACCGUCAGGCUUGUUUUAAAACGUCCAGUGUAUUGAAGCAGGGUUGGAACUAAACUGUGCAGGGCUGCGGCCCUCCAGGAACUGAGUUUGACACCGCUGCCUUACAGGUUUGGGCGUGACUUAUGGAUAAAAGAUUACAGAAUAGUCUUUUUAAUUGGCAAACUAACCAUGAAUUGAAAACAUUAUUAUUAAUUGAUAAAUGUGACGUCAAAAUGAAGCCGUACCUCUUCGAUGGUAAUUUAAAAAAGUUCAUGUUUGUUGCUUUUUCUCAAAUGUCUUAAAUGGCCAAAUUAUUUUCUUUUUAUUUAAGCCAUAGUACUCCGGUGUGAAUCGUAGCAUAAAGAAUAUUCAGCCUGACUUUUGUUUUGUUUUUUGUACAGUGUUUCUCAUUCUUUAGGCUGCAAGCUUGUGCACUGUGAAUGCGUGAAAAUUCCUAGUGUGAAUACAGUGUGUUCUUUGUACUAGAAAAAAAAUAAAGAAAUAAAAAGUUUCCAUAGGUUGUGAAAGCCGUAGCUGUUAGUUCAAAUGAUGUUCAUCACGAUAAGAAAAGAAAAACAUUUAAAAAAUACAAACAAAAAAAAUUAAUAAAAUACAAACAAACAUUGACGGCAGCAGAAGUCAAAUACGGACACAAAAGGAGUUGGUGCCUUCAAUAUUAAACAUCCUCUCAUAUGCAGGCCUGGAUGGGUCGCUACUGUCUCUGUGGCAACUUGGUCCAGAUCUGUAAACUGUGAAAAUAGUAAUAAUAAUACGUUUAGUUUCUUGCUCAAACGUGUCGUCACUUGGUCUGAGGAUGUAAAUGGAUUGUGGUUUCUAUACAAACUUAAGUUCUCAAAAUCUCGACAACAUGCCUCUAUUUAACUGAUGCAAAAUAAGAUUUAUAUGUAUAUACAUAUAUAAAUAUAUUCACACAGAAACCUGUCUCGAUGCAUUUCGUCUCAUAGGCACCGUCGAAUUACAACAAUCUCCCAUUCAUCCCAUUUGCCUUGUCAUCUAUUUUUAAACCUGAAAUAAGCAUGUGAUGUAUUCUGAACUAGAUGUCAUCGGUGUUAAGGUUACGAAUUGAAUUGCUAAAUAACUGAAAAUGUCAAAGGCUGUACCUGUUGUAUCUAAAUGUCAGUGAACUCAUCAUUUGUAUGUUCACUGUUUUUUGCUUUCACUGCUAGACAAACAUAAAGUGCUUUUGUGGAGUUGGACGACAACACUUUAUAAUAACUUUCAUUGUUAAAGCUUAAAACAGAUCUGUAGUUCAUGAACAAAUAUAAUAAUAUAUAGUUUCAUGAACCAUUUGAAUGUAUAUUUGUGUUCUGUUAUAGGGAUUGUUCAUCAAAAAAAGAAUGUACACACCCUGGAGUGUUUCCAAACAUUUAUGAGCUCCUUUUUUGUGUUGAGAAUGUUGUAAACCAGUAGCAAUUGAAUUCUAUAGUAGGAAAAACACAUUUGGAAGUCAAUGGUUACCGAUUUCCAGCAUUCUUCAAAAUAUGAUGACUGAAUGUUCAUUUUUUGGUGAACUACCCCUUUAAGCAUUUGUAAUGUAAUGAUAUUAUUAAUAAUAAAAGUUAUUACAAAGUGUUUCCAGAUGAAUUCAGGUCUUAUAAGCAAACAAGUUCUUUCUCUCCGUUUCAUACUGCCAUUUAAUGUGGGACCAAUUUGUUUACACAGUUUACCGCCGCAGUCGUGCCAUCAAGCCACUUAAAAGACAAAAAGUCUGUUCCCAGAUUCAUUUAAAGCUCAUCGUCUGACCAGAUUACACUCGUUUGAUGUGGAAAAGGUUUCUCUCAUCAUCUCUCUCAUGUCAGACCUUUAUACGACAUCCAUUUCUUCAUCCCCUACCGAGAGGCCCUUCUCCCAGCUCACUGUAUCCAGAUUUCUACACCUCCAGCUCUCCCUCCCACUGCCACUGCUGUAAAUACUAACCGACAACAAAAUCUGACUUCAUUCUGUCAAACAAUUCUUGUGUUCAAUAAAAGGAGAAAAAAAUAAUAA